UCUAAACCGAGGAAGAAGUUACAUUAAAAAAAAAAACGAGGGUAGCAGAGUCCGGACUCAGACUAUCGACUGCACCGAUUUACCUCCCAACGACUCUAUUCGUUUCUCCCAAAUUGAUAUCCAAAAAAUUGGAUUUCAAAAUGGCUAAUUGUAAUAGUAAUAAUAAGAAGAAGAACAAGCCUCUCAGAUUUUCUUCUCUGUUGGUUUUGAUAAUUUCAAUUCUAUUAUUAUCUUCUUCUACAGCCUUUGCCAAAUCUCGUCGCCCUAUCUCAGACGCUGAGACGAGGCAAAAGAAGAACGAGUGCUAUGCUGAUAUUGAGAGCGGAAUGUGGGGUUGGCAAUGCAAGUCUUCAGUGGUUGAUAAGGAGAAUUGUGCUUUGAAAUGCCUUUCUCCAUCUUGUUAUGAGCUCGUCUACGGCAGCGAUCCGCUUGAGGAAGGAGAGAAAGAUCUCAUUAGGAGCCAAGAAUUCAAGUACUGUAUGCACAAGCUAUCAAUGGGAGAGAGUCUUGAGGGCAUCAAGGGUUCCUUUGACUAUUAAAGUUGCGUUAAUCGGCAGCAUUCUGACAUGGUGCAUAUUCUCUGCCCUGCCCCUACCCCUACCAUUGCUCCCCCCUCCCUUAAAAUGAUCCCCAAGAAAAAGAAAAAGAAAAAUUGUAGCUAAGGGCCCAUUUGGUACAUGUAUUUAAAAACUAAAAAUUGUUGUUUGAAAACAUUUGUGAAAAUACGUGUGAGUGAAAAAGUAUGUGGAAAUACGUGUAAUGUUGUUUAAAAACUGAAAAUUGUUCUUUGAAAACACAAAUCAAACACCCCCUAAAUAUUUAAGCAUUUAAGUUUAUUUUGGUUGCUCUA